GCAGAAAGCAGCAGAAACAGAAAGCCAGUGCAUGUCCUGUGAAAAUUACAUGGGCAGUCAUGGAUAUCACAUUAACAGCAAACUCAAAGUGAUUGAUGUAAAAGACAAUGACGUUUGUUGCCAUCGCUGGAGCACAUGGAGUUUCCGCUCUGAGCCAGUGAUGUUUCUCUAAAAAAUAAAAGCCAAAGUGCUAUGAUCGGCUGACAUCAGUGAGCACCUGAAGUCCCGCUCAGGACCGGGCAGACUGGACCAGCCGCACCAGUGGAGCCAGGACAUAUUUUGGGAAGAGGAUGCAGUGCAGGAGCGAGAGGCAACAGCCAGGACGCAGCGAGCGCGAAGAAAGCAGCCGGUGGCGGGACUCAUCCAUCCACAGGCACGGACGCGGAGGCAGGUGGCAAGAACGGCACCAAGAGCGGGAGUCCCAAGGAGAAAGCAGCAGCCGGGAUGAAAGUCAAGAAAGGCUCGGUCGACGUGGUGGGGGUCCCAGUGACCACAGAGGAGGAGCUGCUCACGAGCACCGGGAUCACACCGGAGGACGUCUUGGGCUUACAAAAAAUCACCGACAAUUACCUGUGCAGUCCAGAUGAAAACGUCUACAACAUUGACUUUACCAGAUUCAAGAUUAGAGACAUGGAGACGGGCACUGUGCUGUUUGAGAUCACCAAACCUCCAUCAGCAGAUAAAGCAGGAGAAAAGAGGGACAUCGACCCAAAUGCAGGCAGGUUUGUCCGAUACCAGUUCACUCCGGCAUUUCUACGACUGAGACAAGUUGGUGCCACAGUUGAGUUCACCGUUGGUGACCUGCCCAUCGAAAACUUCCGGAUGAUCGAGCGGCAUUAUUUCAGGGAGAAGCUGCUGAAGAGUUUUGAUUUUGAGUUUGGGUUUUGUAUGCCGAACAGCAAGAACACCUGUGAACAUAUCUACGAGUUCCCCCCAUUGUCAGAGGACACCAUUCGAGAGAUGGUCCUGCACCCAUACGAGACACAGUCCGACAGUUUCUAUUUUGUGAACAAUAAACUGGUGAUGCACAACAAGGCAGACUACUCUUACAAUGGCGGUACAUAGAGAAAUAUACAGAAAUAGACUGAAGCAGGCUUGGACAUUUGGACCAGCUCACCAGGAGACCCAGACCCUCCAAAUGCCUCCCUUCUGACCUGGUCUGCGGUGUGUGUUUUAAACCAGCAAAGUCAAAUUGCUCUUUUGCCACGUCAACAAGUCAAAAUAAUAAUAGAAGAUAUUUUUUUCAUUCCUGUAAAUGUCUUGAAAAAUAAUUUGUAUAAUUAAAGGCGCACUUUGUAACUUUUCUGAUGAUGGGUGCAGCACCUGUUUAUCUCCAUGGAGCCCUGUUGCUUUUCUUGGAAUGAGUCACAGUAACUUCUGAAUAUAUCAUUGGUUUAAUUAAAAUACAAAAUAAUAUGUAUCCUUUCUGCAUGCAUGGUCACCCCUCCACAGAUCUGACGUCUAAAUUUAUCUGGUGGCUUGACUCCAUGAAGAUAGAUUAGGUUAAUUCUAAAUGCUGGAACAUUCCAGGCAGAGCAAUAGCAUCCCCAUGGAGACAAGUAGCAAACCCUCCUCCAUAAAAGUUACAUAGCUACCUUUAAAGGGACUAUAUAUAGCUGAGGUGAUUUAAAAAUAUAUUAAUAAUAUUACUGUAUCAUUACAGUCUAACCGCUACUGUUAAACACCCUCCCAGGCAAAUGCAGUAUGUAUGAUAUUUCACUGUUAAUACUUCCUCAGGGAAACAUCAUCUUGAACCAAUAAGUAGCUGUUAAAUUUACAUAAUGAUGUGACGAUAUAUCUGAUCUGAUCGCUGUUACAAUAUGAUAUUUCAGUUAUUUCACCUCUCUCUCUCUCUGAAGUAGCAAAUGACUAUAGUUACCUUUUAAAAAUAUAACAACAUUUAUUGAACUGUGAUCAAAUGAAGCAUGCGAUCUAGAUCUAGAUAAGAAAAUCAUGGCCUUUUUUUUUUUUUUUUUUUUUUUUUUGCAUAUCUUCCACUGAUUCACAGUUUCGAUCAUGGCAGCCACAAUGAUUUUUAAAUGAGCAACCUACAUUUGUAAUUAUAUAAGUCUAGUUGUGAAUAGAAUAAUGAUACCAAAAAAAGUUUCUUAAUUAUCUUAAUAGUUUGAAAUCGUUUGAUAAAGUGAGUUUGAAGUAAAUGUGAAAUGGUUAAAUAUGCAUAGGAAGCAAAAGUCACAGUUGCUCCAUGCUUCAGCAAGUGUGACAUGGGGUAAAAUUGUCAGGAGGGCUGGGCCCAUCAGCAGGAUUGGCUGCUGUACAUGUUUUCAGUUGGAAUAUAUUUUAAAUAUGCACAACAAAGAAAAACAUGACUGACCAUAAUGAAAAAGUUCCUAUAAGGACCAAAAACUGCAAGUCAGCAGAAUGAUAUCAUCAUUUCUAUAACUUGUACUGCAUACAAUACUUACAUGACUACAUAUAGUCCCUUUAAAACAUUUUUUGUAUGUCUGUCUGAAGCAUGCUUCAACUCUGGUUCAUUGACUCUUUGACAGUUCACAGUAGAUUACAAUAAUAAAAUAAACUUUGAAACCUAUAGCACCUUUUGUAGACACCACCACAGAAAUAUUAGAUGUAGACUGUGAUUGUACUUCCUGUUUCAUUUGGCAUUGAUUUCUUUUGUCCUGUGUCUUGUACUCCCAGUAGUUUUUGCUGAAAGCACAACUGUGUUAUGUGUGUACCAAACCCAAAUUUCAAAGGUAGUUGUAGAUACAAUUAUGAAAAUCUUGAAGUUGCACUAUUUGUGGAAGUAUAUUUUUGUUACUUAAGGAAAGGAUAUUACAGUAAUAAAGGUUCCUUACCAGUUGGGUCAUGGCAAGACAUUGUUUAAAAGUGGUAAAAGUAGUUUAAUAGAGUAAUAGGUAUGGUGACUAGUGUAUAAGUGGAAGUUAAUUCUCACACUAAACAAAAUGAGGACUUGUCUAUUUUAUGUAAUUCUAACCAGUUUUGUAUUUCAAGAUGGAUUAGAAUAAGAAAAAUAUACUUGAUGAUAACAUACCAGAUAUAUUUUAAGCAUGUCAAAAAAAUAGUAAAUAAAUAAAUCAAGGCUGAUGCCAUUUAAAUAAUUAUAACUUGCAUGCAUUAUGUGCAUUGUAAAACAUUCCUGUGAGUAAGGACCUGAGUGAUUACAAAAUCCAGACUUUUAUAGCCCCAUUCAUACUACUGUAUCACAAAUGACCAAAAGUAAUAUCUACGUUAGUUCAAAUGAAAUGACUUGAACAGUUUUAUUGAACUUUCAUUGAAUAUUUUGAUUUGUUAAUGGAAUGUAUUUAUUUAUUCUUCUGCUUAGAUAUUCACCAGCAAAUCCAAAAAACUAGAUUCAAAAAAGUGUAAUCGAUUAUUACUGUAUUGUGAAAUAUUUGAACUGAGUUGUAUAUUUUUGCUGUGGUUUUGUUUUUGUAGAGAUUCACAACAAUGGUAUUGUCCUACUAAGGACAUACCAAGAACUGCAAAACAUAAUAAGAAUCCUGCAUACUGUGCCUUGAAACGACAUCACUCAAGUUCAAAAACAAAGGUUAAUGUCAAAAAUAUACUUGUAUGUGGUGAUACUUUUGCAUAGGGGCUAAGACAAAUUUUAAAACAUAAUAAAUAAUUAAAUUUAAAUAGUUUGGCCAGUACAGUUGUAACAUAUGUCAUAAUUCAUUAGCAAAGAAAUGCACAAAAAGAGAAAGGGACAAAAAGGAGAUUGUUUUGAAUGUUUUUGAAAAGUGAAAAACAUUUUAAUGGAAA